AUGCAACGUAAUGUAAAAUUAGAAGAAUUUGAAAUUGAAACGAAGCCUUCACGAUCAAGUGAAAGGGGGAAAGUUCGAAAUUUCAUUUAUGAUGGGAAUACUGGCGCAUUUUUGGGAAGAACCCCGGAAAGUUGGGGCAAAAUCAUCAUAUUCUACAUAGUAUUCUACGCGUCGCUCGUGGCGCUGUUCGCCAUCUGCAUGGUGACCUUCCACCAGCAGUUCAUCAACCCCAGGGUGCCACGGCUCCAACUGGACCGCGGCCUUAUAGGCACCAGCCCCGGCCUGGGCUUCAGGCCGCUGCCCCCCGACGUGAGGAGUACCCUCAUCUGGUACAAGGGCACCAGUUACGAGAGCUACAAGUAUUGGGAGGACCAGCUCAAGGAGUUUCUCUCGGUGUACAAGAUGAAGGGCCAGACCGCGGGCGCGGGGCAGAACAUCUUCAACUGCGACUUCAGGAAUCCGCCUCCCCCCGGCAAGGUGUGCGACGUGGACAUCCGCGGCUGGGAGCCCUGCAUCGAGGAGAACCACUUCUCGUUCCACAAGUCCUCGCCCUGCAUCUUCCUCAAGCUCAACAGGAUCUACGGCUGGAGGCCGGAGUUCUUCAACGACACGCAACACCUGCCGCAGGAGAUGCCAGUCGAGUUGCAGAUGCAGAUCAAAAACAUCACCGAGUACAACCGGGACUAUGCCAACAUGGUGUGGGUGUCGUGCCAGGGCGAGACGCCUGCGGACAAGGAGAACGUGGGCGUGGUGCGCUACCUGCCCUACCCGGGAUUCCCCGGCUACUUCUACCCGUACCAGAACGCGGAGGGCUACCUCAGCCCCCUCGUGGCGGUCCAUUUGGUGCGGCCCAAGACCGGGAUAGUCAUUAACAUUGAAUGCCGCGCUUGGGCCAAGAACAUAAAGUACGAUCGCAGGGAGAAGCUAGGAGUCGUGCAUUUCGAGGUGAUGAUUGAG